AUGGAUUACUACGAGGUUCUGGGAGUGUCGAGAGAUGCUUCCAGUGGAGAUAUCCGAAAAGCAUACAAAAAGAUGGCUCUGUCAUAUCAUCCAGAUAAGGUGGCAGAAGCAGAUCGUGCGGAAGCAGAGAUCAAAUUCAAGGAGGUCUCUGAAGCAUAUGAGGUACUUUCAGAUGAAAUGGAAAGACAGAGAUAUGAUCAGUUUGGUAUUGGUCGGAAUGGUCAGAAUGUCUGGGAAGAUGAAGAGGAUUUAUUUGGAGCAGAUGAUUUCGCCCAGUUUUUUGGAUUUAUGCCUAAUGGGGGCCCAGGACAGGGCCCUGGUGGCAGAGGUCCUGCCAACGGAAGUGCAAACGGUCGUGCAAAUGGAAGACCUGCUAGGAAGGGUCGUACCGAAGACGCAGAUAUCCCUAUAAGAGUGACUCUGGAAGAUGUAUACAAGGGUAAAGUGUUCAAAAUGAACUCCAGCCGAGAUGUUCUAUGUAAAUUAUGUCAUGGAUCAGGAGCAAGAUCAAAAGCCAAGCCCAAGAAGUGUACAGUUUGUAAUGGUGAAGGAAUGGUCAAGAAACUAAGAAGGCUGGCUCCAGGUGUAGUCACCAACGAGUAUGUUGAAUGUCGAACCUGUAGCGGUAAAGGAGAAAUACUUCGAGAAAAGGACCGAUGCAAGAAAUGUCAAGGAACCGGGGUUAAGGAAGAAAAGUCGAUUUUGGAGGUAUAUGUUCCAAGAGGAUCUCGCGAUGGUCAAAAGAUUGUGCUUGAAGGUGCAGCAGAUCAAGCAUACGGAAAAGACACUGGCGACAUUAUUUUCCAUAUUGAAGUGCAAGAGCAUGCCACAUUCACACGAAAGGGAGAUGACCUACAUAGCAUAAUCACCAUCACGCUAGCGGAAGCUUUGGUGGGGUUUUCAAGAGUAGUACUACAGCAUUUAGACGGUCGCGGUAUAGAAAUCACUGUACCAGCCGGAACAGUUACCAAACCAGGCGAAUAUUUUGUCGUGAAAAACGAAGGCAUGCCCAAAAAGGGCUCUGAUGUCCGAGGACAACUCUACCUAUCGGUCAACAUAGAGUUCCCUGAAAACGGCUGGUGUCUAGAGGCCAGUGAACUACGGCAAGUAAAGGACCUGCUACCGACUAAGCCCCGCCAGCCACUGAACAUUCUACCCAAAGACGUCGACAACGUCGACUACACAAUCGGAACUGGACCACUUCCAGAGUCCGAACUGUCUGACGGCGAAGAUGACGGCGAUGAUCUGCCUCAGUUCCAGGCCAACGGUCCUCCCGAAUGUAAUACCAUGUAA